AUGAGCCUCUACGGUGCUCGUGGCGGCUCUUUCAUGGCAGCGGGCCCCAACGGCGGCUUCGUUGCGGGAUCACGCGGGGCCUUUGUCGGUGGCGGCGUGGGCGGUGGCGCGAUGGGCAGCGGGGUCUACCCCGGGAUGGGCUAUGCCGGUGGGGGCGUGUAUCCUGGGACGGGGUAUGCUGGCGGUGGGGAAGGCUGCUGCGGAGGUGUGGGCUGUGGCAACAGCUGCGGCGCGGACGGGUGCGGGGUGGGCGUGGCGCCCGCGUGCGGCGACGCGUGCUGCGGGGUCGCGGGCGCCAGCUGCGGGGGCAUAGCCGGAACGACGAUGUCGUAUGUGGGCGCAGGCGGCGACUACAUCGCCACCACCACCUACCAGUACGUGGGCCAGGGCGCGGGCACCUUCACCGUGGUGCCGAUCCCCGCGGCUGGGUGCAGCGUCUGGUGGCUGUGCUGCCUCUGGUGGCUGGCGCUGCUCCCCUUCCUCUUCCUCGCGGGGACCACCACGACCACCACAACAACGCCCCCCAUCAUCAUCAGCACCCCGCCUCCAGAGACCCCGCCGCCCAUCGUGAACCCCACGCCGGCGCCCCCCGGGCCAGGGCCCGCGAAGCAUUGCAAGAUCUUCGGCGACCCGCACGUGAUCACGUUUGAUGGGCAGUCAGCGAGCUUCUACUCCCAGGGCGAGUACUGGACCGUGAAGAGCACCACCGUCUGGAUCCAGGGCCGCUACAUGCCGACUCCAGUGACCAACGGCCUCUCCGUCAUGAAGGAGGUCGCGAUCGGCGGCCCCUUCCUGGAGAGCAAGGACGGCACGAAGAACAUCCUCCGCAUCUCCUCUCUCAGUGCGACCUUCAACGACGUCCCCAUCAUCCUGGCUUCCCGGACGCCUGGGAGAACCAGGAUCCGAUGA